GUUGGAAUGAUAGAUAGGUAGAUUCUAGAACAAAAUGAACACCAUGGGAGUAGCAACGUGUCCCUUAAGUCUCAGAUUCUUCUCUUCCUCUUUGGGUUUAUGUAGAAAAAUAUAAUAAGCAAUCAAUCAGAGAGAUAUAUAUAAAGAUAAAGAAUACACAAACAAACAAAUUUCUCUUCAUAAAAAGCUGACCUUUUUCUGCUUUAAAUACUUCUUUUGAGUUGUUGGAGCUUCUACUUUUUGCUUCGUUGGUGAUUCGAAUUCGCAAUCUUUUUUAAGGUUGGACUGUUGGAAGUGAGGGUGGUUACCAUUCGAGCAAUUGUUUUCAGGAGAAACAAAGUACAGAAAAGAUUUGCAGUAAGUUUAUAUUGAGUACAACAACUAUUAUGGAAAUCAACAGUUAUCAAACUCGCGCUGAGCUUCUUCUUCGAAGCUACAUGCUAUCAGAUUCUUUCAUUGUCUACUCUUCUGUUAUUGGUGGUGUUUUCGCCUGCAAGCUGGUAUAUGAUCUUAGCCAGAUAUUCACCUCUAUUUACUUUAAGCGCUAUGCUGGGCUCUCAAAAUUCCAACAAGUUGAAUGGAAUAACCGGUCCAUAUCUACAAUUCAUGCAAUAUUCAUUACAGCCAUGUCACUGUACUUGGCAUUCUGGUCAGAUCUUUUCUCUGAUGAUCAGCUGUCUGGCCUUGUCAUUAUGCGGAGUUCCACUUUAUCAACCUCUAUCUUGGGGGUUUCUUUGGGAUAUUUUCUCACUGAUCUUGCUAUGAUCCUUUGGUUUUAUCCUUCUUUAGGUGGAACGGAAUAUCUGGUUCAUCACCUUCUCUCUUUGGUGGCACUGUCAUAUGCUAUGUUGACUGGUGAGGCUCAGUUUUAUGUGUUCCUGGUUUUACUUUCUGAGGCAACUACCCCGGGAAUCAACUUGAGAUGGUAUCUUGAUGUAGCUGGAUUGAAAAAGUCGAAAGCAUACCUCAUAAAUGGUUUCAUGAUGGUGUUUGUUUGGCUGGUUGCCAGAAUUUUUUUAUUCAUUUACGUGUUCUACCACUUCUACAUCCACUACGAUCAGGUUAAGGAGGUAUCUUCAUUUGGGAUUUUCUUGGUGUGUGUUGUGCCAUUGGUACUUGCUGUGAUGAACUUGAUUUGGUUCUGGAAGAUUGUGAAAGGACUUAACAAGACUUUAGCAAAGAGGAAUUGAAGUUUGGUCCUAUCACAUAUUCAAAUACCUUUACUAUUCUCAUUGUGUACAUAAAAAUUGAAUACAUCAAGAAUUGACUUUGCUGUUUUCAACAAGAAAAGAAAUGGUCAAUAGAUAAUAUA